AUACCAGAAAUUCAAAAUCCCUCUUCGUUGGCCACACAAUUACCAUACAUUCACAAAAAAUGAAGCAAAAAUAUCAGAAAUUUCCUCCAAUUCUCCUCUCUCUGGUGAAAUCACCAAUAUACAUAGGCUUGUGUGUGUAUGUAUAUACAUCGCAUAGAGGAUCAUCAAGCAAGAAGACAAGGGAAGCCAACCAUCAUCAGCCGUAGGGUAUGGCCGUCGCUGCUCAAGCUUCUCUCCGUUUCUACCAAAAUUCUGCUUUCUUCCCGAGGAACCCUCGUCUUUUUCGUGAUUCCCGGCUCCGUCCUCCUCCCGGGGUCUGUUCUGCAAGAAUCCGAGCAAGCUCUGCUGUUGCUCUGGAGCCCGAAUUAACAACUGAAGCCCAAGAUACUACAGAUGUUGACUUGUUUGCUUGCCCCAUUUGUUAUGAGCCGCUAAUAAGAAAAGGCCCUUCAGGUUUCAACUUACCAGCAAUCUACAGGUCUGGUUUCAAAUGUAGGAAGUGCAACAAGUCCUAUUCGAGCAAAAACAUCUAUCUUGAUCUCACUGUUACUUCUGGGACAAAGGAGUACAAUGAGUUUAAACCAGCUGGGACUGAGCUCUUCAGGAGUCCACUUGUUUCAUUUGUAUAUGAGAGAGGCUGGCGUCAAAAUUUUAACCGUAGUGGUUUCCCUGGUCCGGAUGAAGAGUUCAAUAUGGCCCAGGAGUAUUUUAAGCCAGCUGAAGGUGGAGUCCUUGUUGAUGUGAGCUGUGGCAGUGGUUUGUUCUCCAGGAAAUUUGCGAAAUCGGGGGCCUAUUCAAGAGUCAUUGCACUUGAUUUUUCUGAAAAUAUGCUUCGUCAGUGUUAUGAUUUCAUAAAAAAUGAUGAUGCUAUCUUAAGCUCUAAUCUUGCACUUGUGAGAGCUGAUGUUUCUAGACUUCCUUUUCCAUCUGGUUCAGUUGAUGCCGUUCAUGCUGGUGCUGCCUUGCAUUGUUGGCCAUCUCCUUCAAAUGCUGUUGCUGAAAUUAAUCGAAUAUUACGAAGUGGUGGUGUUUUUGUUGGAAGUACUUUCCUUAGAAUCAGUUCAUCAACCCCUAUUUUGUUGAGGCCUUUCAGACAGAGGAUCACGAACGACUACAACUAUUUAACGGAAGAGGAGAUUGAAGACCUGUGCACGUCGUGUGGUCUCGUCAAUUAUUCCAAGAAAGUUCAGCAAUCCUUUAUCAUGUUUUCUGCAGAAAAACCUUGAAGCUUUCGCUUUCUCCUUUUGCAAUGUAAAAUUACUCGAUUAGUGGGAAAUGAUUUUUGCACUCCACAGACACUCCCCAGGAAGCAAUGUAAGGUUAUAAUGUAUAUAUGCUUGAUCCUCUUGUUUCUCAUUCUUUGCCUUUACUUUUGAUUUGUUGUUUUUUUAUGUUA